CAGAACUCUAAGGAUGCAUGUCAAAAAAAUGUUUCGCUUAUCUCAUUAUGAUUACAUACAAGUAUAUCAUCUGAAAGCUGUGGCAUCCUUCACAACUGGUUUGUUUGUGCGGUUGCAAAAAUGGCUAAUUUUGUUAUUUUAACCUUGGCUAUGCUGAUAGUCUUCACGCUUGCAAAACCUUACGGAGAACGUGAUAGAGAGAUAUAUGAAGAAGAUCGUCGGAGACACGGAAACCAUCACACAGAGAGUGACGUCAGUUCCGGUGACCGCAGCGGCCCAGGAAAACCAAGUGAUCAAUCACAUCAUGGGCAAAGAAAUGUUGGGGGUGUCCACCAGGGUGGAUAUCAGCAACACGGUUACUAGGAUUUAUGAUACCCCAUGAUAUUCGUUGUGGAAGUUGUGCAGUAUUUCGGAAGAAAUUAUAUGUAUCAAUUGUAAUUAAUAUAUCAUUUGACUAACACGUGUUUGAUACAGUUGGUAAAACCUUUGUUUGAAAUAAAAUGGAACAUAUGCAGGAUUAAUUAUUUUGUUGUUUCUUACUUAACAAGUUGUAAGUUUCCUGUUAAAAUGGAUAAAUCAGUG